AUGGGCCGAACAGAGAGAUCUCAAGGUCUAGCGCCACCCGCUAUCCGCAAGGAUAUCCGGGCGAAGCAAGCCAAACACGUUAUCAACAAAGUUAUCCCUGCGUUACUCGCGUCUAACUCAAGAGCAAGCAAAGGUGUAGAGAGCAGCGAGCUCAUUGUAGACCCUGCAUCGUCAAACACAAAUGCUUCAAGCAAACUGGAGACUGAGACCAAAGACGAUGCAGCGUACAUCAAGCGCAAAGGUCAAGGCCGGCGGAAAGCCAAGAACGAAAUAGGAGCACACACCAGCAGGGAAAUCACCAAAGGAAAAGGUCGCAAAAGACAAGACUCGGUAGACUUAAACCUCGCGAGCCUUUCUAUCAGCGAACCUCCACCACCGGCUCCAGCAAAAUCCCGCAAGAUCCGCAUCCUAACAACCGACACCCUUACCGCCGCCCAUAUCCUUGCCCAUCCCUCCAAACCCUCCAAAAAGCAACCCAACAUAUGUGUCCUCAAUAUGGCUUCCCCACUCCGCCCGGGUGGCGGCGUCCUAACUGGCGCCACAUCUCAAGAAGAAUUUCUCUGCGCACGCACCACGCUUCUCCCGUCGCUGCAGGAAUCCUACUACCGUCUGCCGGAGCUAGGCGGUAUAUGGAGUCCCGAAGUUCUGGUGUUUUUUAACAGGCUACCGUUGGGCGAUGCUAGGGGCGAACUUGGGCCCGCUGAUAGGUACUUCGUUGAUGUGAUUUCGGCGGGUAUGUUGCGCUUUCCAGAGUUGGAAGGUGAGGAAGAUGAGGUUAAAAGAUUGGGAAAGAAAGAUCGGGUGCUUGUGGAGAACAAGAUGCGUGCUGUAUUGCGUAUUGCUACAAGGAAGGGGGUUAGGAAGAUGGUGCUUGGCGCUUGGGGAUGUGGGGCGUAUGGAAAUCCGGUGGUUGAUAUCGCGGAGGCUUGGAGGAAGGUACUUGAUGGUACCACGGGCUCGAGUGGGAAAAAGAAGAAUAAGUCCGAGCCGGAGACCUGGCCGGGUAUCGAGGAGGUUAUUUUCGCGAUUAGCAAUCGCGGCAUGGCUGCGAACUUCGCGCAGGCGUUUGAGAAUAUGGAAGUCGAGCCAGGGCCGACCGAUAGCACUGAAGAUGACGAUGAUGACGAAGAAGACAGGGUCGCAGAAGAACUGCGCACUAAAAUCGGAGAGAUGGAAGGCCAACUUAGUAAAGUCUGGAAUCCAGAUCUCAAGGCUCGCAUGGGCACUAUUGUUGAUGGGUUGAAGUUGCAGCUCAAGCAGAGAACUGAGGGAAAUCCGUUAUCAGAUGAGGACGACGAGUCGAGCACUACUGCAGCACAGAUGACACCCGAGGAUAGCGACGAAGAACACAGUGGCGUAGAGGAAGAAGAUGACGACGAUGAUGAUGACAAUAGCGACUAG